GCCGAAAUUAAAAAAAGAAGAAGAGAAAUGGCUGCUGUAGAAUUGGAAAGAGCUCUUGCGUUGCAAACGACGAACAAAUCGGGUGCUAUAGAUAUUUUAUCAAAUAUAGUGAAGAGAGAUUCUGGAGGAAAUGAAGAAGAAUGGCUCAAGACAAAGGAACAGGCUGUACUCGAGUUGGGGUCCUUGUUGGCAAAAACCAAUAUGGCUACAGAACUGGCUGGUCUUAUCAGAUUCACACGUCCCUUUCUGAGCUUAGUGAGCAAGGCCAAAGCGGCCAAGUUGGUCCGAGCUCUCGUUGAUUUGUUCCUUGACAUGGAAGCAGGCACUGGUAAAGAGGUUGAACUUUGUAAGGAAUGCAUUGAUUGGGCUAAAGACGAAAAGAGAACUUUCUUACGUCAAGCUUUAGAGGCACGACUUAUUGCAGUUUAUUUUGAUACAAAGAAUUAUCAAGAAGCUCUCCUAAUAGCAUCCACCUUAUUGAAGGAGCUGAAGAAGUUAGAUGACAAGGCACUGCUGGUCGAAGUUCAGCUGCUGGAGAGCAAAGUCUAUCACGCACUCAGCAAUCUGCCUAAAGCCAGGGCAGCUUUAACAUCUGGUAGAACCACAGCCAAUGGCAUCUACUGUCCUCCAAAACUACAGGCAGCUCUCGAUCUACAGUCAGGUAUUUUGCAUGCAGCGGAUGAGCGUGAUUUUAAAACAGCUUACUCAUAUUUCUAUGAAGCAUUUGAAGGCUACGACUCGAUCGACAGCCCUAAAGCUGUCAUUGCUCUCAAGUACAUGCUUAUGAGCAAGAUUAUGCUCAACAUGUCAGAUGAAGUGCAUUCUAUAGUGAGUGGCAAACUGGCCCUGAAGUAUGCUGGCCCAGAGGUAGAGGCGAUGAAGAGUAUUGCAACUGCCAGUCACAAGAGAUCGUUAGCCGACUUCCAAAAGACCCUAACAACGUACAAGGCACAACUGGAAGAUGACCCAAUCGUAUGUACCCAUCUGAAGACUCUGUAUGACAACUUGUUGGAACAGAAUCUGUGUCGAAUAAUCGAGCCGUUCUCCAGAGUUCAGGUUGACCACGUAGCCAGUCUUAUAAAAUUACCAAUAGUAACUGUUGAAAAGAAAUUGUCACAGAUGAUCUUGGAUAAAAAAUUUCAUGGUAUACUGGAUCAAGGAGCAGGAGUAUUAAUUGUUUUUGAUGAAACUCCAGUUGACAAAACGUACGAAAGUGCUCUUGCAACGAUUAACAGUAUGGGCAAAGUUGUGGACGCUUUGUAUAACAAGGCUAAAAAACUGUCAUAGUGUCGUACGGUGGAGGUAUGUUUAAUGGAUGGAGAAUAAGCAAACGGGAGAGAAUAUAUUUACUGUUAUGUGACUUCCUCAUCGGCAUCAGUGGAAAGUCAUGAUUCAUACUGAAACUGGUUUUUCUACAAAUUAACAUUUUUUAUUUUCAUGCAGUGUAAAAACAUUUAUAUAUAAAAUAAUGUUUUUCUUUUUGUGACCCUAUUAAUAAAAGUAUUUGUCACUGAAUAGAGCAGUGAAUUAAAAAAAAAAAAAUUCAAAUGUCUGGAGUCUAGCUGCAGCAAUUUUGAUAGUUGGGUUGUUUAUAGGGAACACUCAUUCAUUUUACGAGUUGUUGCAUCAAGAAGUUUCUAGCAAGUGAAAGUGAGUUGGAUACAUUUUUAAAUGUGUCGUAAAAUAAUGGUAUUUUAAGUGUCAUGAAUGUAGUAUUCCGUGUCUUACAUAUCCUAAAAAAAAAAAAAAAAAAAAAAAAAUUGAAACAUCUUUUCCAACUAAAACAUAUUUACAGUGCACUGUUAACUUACAUGAUGAAACAGAAUUCAGUUUCAGUAGUGUAAAAUUCAGUGGUCCGACUAGCUUUGACAUCUAGGUCAUCACCACGGAACAGCCAAUCGGAGGUCUUUAAAGUGACUCCAGCAUGUGAGAUAUUGCUGUGCGAUAUGACAUUUCACACAUUAUUCUCAUCUACGGGUGUGUAAGAAAUGUCAUUGUAACGAUUAAGGCAUUGGAAUUGUACCAUAUAAUAUAUGUUAAUACAAAUGAUGUAUGAUGUACACUUUUGUAAGUGUUAUUAUGGUAAAUAAAGCAAAUUGUGCAGUA